AUGUCCUUGGUAACUGUGCUGCGUUCUCCGUCGACGUCUGAAAGCACCAGCUUGGGCGAUUCGGUAAAUUGUUUGCUCAUCCAUCUUUGGUGUGAUUUCUCGAUCGUAUUUGAUAUGAAUGAUCAAUUUCUGCUCUGCUCGAUCAGUUGUUGUAUAUUUUUGUUUCAAUUAAUUGAUUGACUUGUAGGAAGUCGACGAAGAUCAGGAAGAUAGUUCAUUCAAUAGGUCCCGAGCGUAAGUCUUUUCUUUUUCUUGCUUUGUUUAUUUUGUCAAUCCUGUCAAGAAACAGCUCCUAGAUCUGUCUUGGGAUAAACGAUAAAGCUGGAAGGUUUGCCUUUUGUCUGGUUUGAUUACUUGGCUAUAAGGAAAUACCUUCUCUUCCUCUUUGUAACCUGCCAAUGCUUGCUAUUCCCAUAGGGCACAUGUAUUUUAAAGUAAUGUUGUCAUUGAAAAAUGCAAAAAUUCCCGAACCGCGCAUAUACUACAAAAAUGCAAGGUUAUAGUUUUUGCCAUUUCAUUUCGUUGAUAUUUUUAUAAUCUGAUCAAAGGGAAAGCCUGAGUGUUUUCUGCUCUGUCUCUGAACUCUAUCCCUCUUUAAGUUGAGAUUUAAAAUUUUUCAUUAUAAUUUCUUAUCGCGUUACAGGGAUGUUAUUUUAAUCUUUUUUGUCAGACGCACGCCCACAAACCCAAAAUAAAGUUUAAAUUCGAGAAGUGGAUUAAUGAAGUUAAAGCCAUUUAAAUUUCCUUCUUUUGUGCUUAUUACUGCCUUCGAAUUUCAUUCGUGUUUUAUUUCUAAUCUGUAGGAAAACGAGUAAUGGUCUGGAUUUGUCUCAUUACAUUGAAAUCUCAGAAAAUUCCUUUCCUUUCUCAAAUUAUCUCUUAUAUGUGGUAUUUCUGUGGUACUAACUUUGACAUUCCCUGAUGCACGUUUUACAGACUGCUUUAAAAUUAAAAAGCCUUUUAUUGGCUAUUGUAAGGACCUUUUGCUUCAAGAAUAACCAGAUUAUUUUUUUGGGUUCAAUACAAUUUACAAAACUAUUAACCUAAAAAUGGAAUUGAUUGACCUGUCAAUCAUUGCACAUGCAUCAAAAUCUUCUGCUUGUUUUACCAAAGGUUGUGUUAACAUGAAAAAAAAAAAAAAUUCUUCAGUACAUCUUGGCUCUUGUCGUGCCAGACAGAUUUGCAGCUUUCAGUUGGUUAGUUAGUUUUAAAAGCUGCAACUUCACUUGUGGCUGAUCCUGCCAUUAUUUGAGCGGCAGGGGUGGGUGCAGUAAUGGCAUGUGAAGUUGUCUGAGAUGGCAGUCAUUAAUGCACUCUCAGUUUUCUUUGAUGGCAUUGUCUUCCUUUUUGGGAAGGGCUUCUUCUGUCAUACCGUGGUCCUCGAGACUGCUUAGUGUGAUGCGAUCCUCAUCUAGGACUUUGGGUACAUCUGUAGGUGCUUCAUGGCACCCUUAGUAGUAACUAAAGUCUGCCCUUAGAAUGCUGGCCACAAGAGGGUUCACCACUGUUUUGGCAUAUGGGUGUUAUCCAUCCUUUAAACACACCUGAGCCACUUCAUUUUUCUCCUGUUCAGGAUAGUUGUUAUGCUAGCGAGCCCUGCCCUCUUGUGAAUUUUACAGUUGAAACAUAAAAUCUUUCCUCUUCCAUGUCUCAGAGGUAUUCAUAGAUAGGCUUUGGUCUUUGGUAAAUGCACUUGUUGUGUAAGGUUCUCUUUCUUGUUUGAGAAACGGAAAGCACAGUGAUAAUGUUACAACCCAUACUGGAAUAGGAAGGCUGUCAUUGCCAGAACAACAGGACAAAACAGGAUGGGUUGAAUAGACAACACGACAGCCUUAGCUUAUACACCUUCUGUUGCAGUGGGAAAGGAUAGUUAAUGAUAAUCUUUACAUAUAUAAUGUUCUUUGCCUUCCAUGGUCUCCUUUAAUUCUCUUUGCAACCAUUUAGUUGCUGUUUUGUUCUCUAUUAAGUGUAAUUUGUACAUUUACUUUCUUCUUUUAUUUUCUCCUGUUGUGCAUGGUUUCUGCAGUAUACAGAAAUCCUAUAGCUAACCAAAGUACUGUCAUUCCUUUGGCAAGUUCUAUACCUUAAUUUGUUUAUUUACAAUCAGUAAGAGAUGAUUUCCAAUUAGCAUAGUUACACUGUAGUUAAAAGGUCACGAAUCAACUGAAUGUUUUGACAAAAGUUAGUAAGCAGGGGGUCUUUCCACUGUAUUAGCCUUCUUCAGUCAUUUUAUCCGUCCUUGAGUUUUGAAGUAGAAGUGGUCAUAAAAAGUUUGCAUAGCACUUUUCUAGUAAGUAAAUAUCAUUUUUUAUAGUCAAAUUGUUUCUUUCCUGUCUCUUAACUUUUUUUACUUUAUUUUUAAUAACAUUGAGUUGUUGUCUGAAUUCCAAACAAAAGACUUGUUUUGAAUUAGAACCCCUGCACACAUUAAGAGUAUGCAAGCCUCAUGUAACUACACCUGUCAGUUCAUUGUUACUGUAGCUUUCAUUAUUUUUUUCUGGCAGUGGCCCAUUUCCACCCCCUACUAGAAUACAUCCUAUGGUAAUCUUAGGUUGCAGAGUAAUGUAUAUUUGCUAUUGUCUUCUGCAUUGUAAUAUAUUAAUUUAUUAUUGUUUUGGGUUUAACCAUGAGUGAGAGUACUGUUAUCUUUUGUUAUGAAAAUAAUAAUAAUAAGUAAUCCUAUUAAUAUCUUUAUAGUCCAUUUUUGCUUUUCUGGCACAUGCUUAAAUCAUGGUCACCUUGCAUGCAUGUAUAUUUUUGACAGUUAUACUAAAUGCUUUAGAGCAACUUUUAAACUACUAUCUUAGUAGUGUUCUGUCAUUGAAAUCCUAAAUGAUGAGGAACUCCUUUAUGAAGUGUCCUUGCUGCUCACUACUUGUUGAUUCUUUCAAGCAUUUUAAAAGGUCACUUUUAUAAUCAUUCAUUAUUUAAAACUGUUGACAAUGUCUGCUGGCAGCCGGACUCGAGGAUGAAUUCAUGAACCUGACUGUUUGAUAUUGAUGAAUGGGGAACAUUGUUAGUUACAUCUUAAGAAAUGAGAAAUUUAUAAAACAAUCUGACAGUAUAAAUAUUAUUUUUACAAAGGUGUCAUACUUUUACGCUGUAAUUUAGUUGAGAUCAAUCAUAUUGUGAUUAUUAGGAGCAACACAGUACAUGCUCUUUGCAAUUUGCUGUUUGUCAUCAUUGUAAACUCUUAAUGGUUGUAACUUUCAGGUCAAGUUUUGAAGGUUUCUUUGCAUCCAAAGGAGCAGCAUAUGCACUGCCUGAUGGCGACUUUGCUCGGCGAGCCACUAAACAUGGAGGUAUGUGAAUAUGUUCUAGUUAUUAUUCUUGCUUCUGAUCACUAUUUUGAAAAAAGAUUGAAGUUGUUUCCAUCUUCAUUGUAUAGGUCGAUGGUAUUACAUGUAACUUGUUAUGCCUUAAAUCUAUUUCAGGAGAGAUGCAGUUGCAUUUGCAGGCCAUGGUCAAUUUGUUACGGGAUGAAGAUGAGCUUAGACUUGUAAGAAUCUCUUUUUUGUCCUUGUACAAUGUACCUAAAUAAAGUAAUGUCAUAUUUACCAAUUACUGUAAAAUAUCUACAUGUAAAACCUACAUCGCAGCUUGUAUGUUACUGGAAUGUUGGAAUUCUAGUCCCGAGUUUCAGAUUUUCCCCUUAAAGUCAUUGCUUUCUGUUGUGGUCUUGCAAAUUGGCUGUGGUUUGGGCAUUUUAAUUUUUCUUUCCUUGUCUCUAAUCUUCCAGGCUUACUUGGGCCACAACCUUUGACAUAAUUUAUACUCUAAUCACACUACUAAAUUUCAUAUGGUUUACCGGUGUACAUGUAUGCAGCCUCCGUGCCUGAACUUAAUUCUGUGCAGCAGUUCCUUCGCAGAUGUCAUAAACACCAUUAUUUUUAUGUUCUAUGCUAUAGAUAUAUACGAUUUGCUUGAAAAAACGGACUGGUCAAUCUCUUAGAAGAUUAGUUGCCUACCUACUCAUCCUUUGAAUAAUUUGUUCCCCAGAGUUAAAGAUUCUUCAAAACAUCUGAGAACUCAAACAAGCCUACUACCCUGCGUUAAUACGGAAUGUUUUAAAGCUAGUUUUAUUAAUAGACUAUUUUAAAUAUACUUUUACAUUUUAACUAAUAACAUUAAACAUGUAAAUAUAUAGGUAUGUAUUUAUACUUGCAUAUUCAAUAAAAACCAAAGACUAAAGACUGUACAUGUACGGUGUAUACCAGACAAGAUAAAUAGCUUGUCUGACUAAAGCCAAUACAUUGCUAAUGGGUGUCAGGGGAAUUAAACAUCAAAAAUGCUUUAUAACCAACACAUAGUUAUGAAUUUGUAUAUCCAUAUGCACUUUAUUAGACUUUCUAGAAGUGCUUUAUUUUUUCCUGGUUGGCUAUGCCAUUUUAAAGGACUUUUUUCACUUGUUUGAUGUGAAAUUCACUGGUCGAAAAUUCCACUGGUGAUGUCAUUACAAUUGACCAGUAGGAGCCUGAGUGAUGCAAUGUACUUGAUGCCACUCCCGCCACAGCAUACAUGUAUGCCAAUCAUUUUUCCCCAUGUAUGAUUCAAAUCCAGGUGAAACAAGUCGACCUCGCGACUUCAUCACUGGCUUGGCUGCUACAUGACCUCAUGGAAGCUUGCUUCGCUUGCUUUUAAGAAUUAUGAGAGGUCCAAUUGUAGCAAGUUAAGCACUGUAUCUAUAUAUACCCUUCAAAACAACAUUAAAUCUGUCUUUUCUAUUUACUCAAGACUGUCCACUGCUUAAGCCAGACAAUUUGAUAUUACUGGCUUUAUGGCAUUAAAUUUUAUUACUGAUUUUUUUAUAUUUAUUGAUUAUUGUCUCAUUUUGAGUAAAAUGUUUGAUGUUAUGAUGUUCUACCAUUAGAUACAAGUCUGAUAUCUUCAAUCUCUUUGUGUUUAGGUUGUUAAACUGGAAUGUCAGUAUCCACACAGAAUUCGCUACUUAACCAUAGUGUCAGCAUUUGGCCCCGAUGAAGAAGAACAAAGCAUUGUUAUGGGAGUGGACUGGACUGACAAGUGAGAAAAUGCUUAUAAUGAUUUAAUUUAUAAAUCAAAGCAGUGAAUGUCAUGAUACAACAGCUUGCAGGGCUGCAUGUUUCCUGCUUCAAGUUACAAUCUACAAGACCUGUACAGCCCGGGGAGGAGUCAGUGAGGCAUUACCCCCCCACUACUACUAUUUAAGUGAAAUACAAAAAAAUUGAUAAGAUAAGUUUUUUGGAUACUAGAUUACGUAUCUGGGUUUGAAUUAUUGUGAAUUUUCAAAGUCAAAAUCCUGGGUUAUCUAAAUCCUUCUUUGAACAGUCUGUUGAGGAGAUUAGCCAAGGUUUAUAGGGAUUGCUCUUGGGGGGUAAUUGUAACUCUUCUAUUGUAAUUAGUCUUCAAAUAAUUAAAAGGAAAAAGUAACUUUUUAAAACUGGCAACUGAUUUGUGUUUUAUACUGCUUUCUCUGCAGGGCCACUAUUGGUCUUGUGGUUCCUUUGUACAGGGACACUAGUAUCUCUCUGGAUGGAGAUGGGUAAGUUUUAAUUCUUGUUACAAAUGUAUGAAUCUUCUUUCUCAUUUUAAAUCUGGCUAAACAAUCGCCUCCCUCUAAGACAGACAUCUUUGGGCCAGCAAGUCCUAUGUGUUCAUUUUAUAGAGAGUCAACUGAAAGGAUUAUACAAAGGCAUACGUAUGUCUUAGUGAGGUGUCUGUUAGAGAUUUGACUGUAUUGUACGUUAAACUUUAGGCAGUAUGCUAGCAUGGGUCUUCCUCAUGGUGUCUCAGUUAUUGUGGGGAUGUUAUAAUUUAUACCAAUGCCUUCAGCAGUGUCGGAUCCAGACCUCGAGAUCAGGGGGGGCCCCCAUCAUCCAGACCCUUAGAUGGUGGGAGGUGGGGGGACCUCCAAAAAAUUUUUUUCAGCCCUUUGGGCCAUUUAUAUCAUACACCAAUGGUCAGCUAUUGAUUAUUAUUAUUAUUAUUACUAUUAUUAUUACUAUUAUUAUUAUUAUUAUUAUUAUUAUUAUUAUUAUUAUUAUUACCAUUAUCACCAUUAUCACUAUACAGUUUUGGUGCUUCUUUGUACUCUUUUAUAUUUGCAGUAUUAUGAUGUCAAUAUUUUCAUUAUUUAAAAUAGUGGCUUUAAAAUGAUGUCAGCCGGCAAAGCAAACAUUUUCAAGCCAAUCUCUGUUCAAACCAUGUGGUAAGUAUGGCUAGAACUUUUAAAUUGUCUGGCUUUAUUUGCCGUAAAGGUUAAAGGAGUUGUCUUUUUAAUACUGAGUAGGGUAAUUGGACAGUAAUUUUGUCCCAAACUCCCUCUUGAUGUCAACAAUGCUUCUGAAAUGGUUAUAGAUCAAUCCAGGGAUGUUGUAAAAUAUGAUUAGUACCGUAUUUAUUCGACUAUAAGCCGAGCGAUUUUUACACAAAUUAAAACUGAAGUUAAUUAAAAUUUGGGCUCUAGAGGGGGUCUCGGCUUAUAGCCGAAAGUUUUUGAAAAAAAAAUUUUUCCGGCGCAUGGAAACUCUACUAAAUCGAGAUGUAUUUACUUAUAAGCCGAGCUAAAGUACAGAAACACAAUAUGCAAUCGUUGGUUAUUAACUCUUAAGAAUGUGGUGGCUCCUAAAGGAGGCGUUUGAUAAAUUUAAUGUGUUUUCACAGAAAAGAUAAAGAUUCUUGAUAGGGAAUAACCGUGACGCUGACGGGAUGUGAUUACAAAUCGAUGGAACUUGACUGUUUGCUGCUCCAAAUCUUCUGGGAGACGCUGAGCGAGUGUUGUUUUGGUGCGAAGGCUGACGGAAUGGCGGCGCUUCCAUUUCUGGUACCAGCCGAGGGACGCUUUAAACUCAGGAUCCUCGCUGAAUUCCUUUGCCUUUAGACGUAGCAUCAAUCCGCUAACAGCUAUUCCUAUGUAAAACGAAGUGAGAAGGUUACCAAACGAUCGAAAGGUUAAAAAUUUGACACGUCUUGAAUUUGUUUUGACAUUUGUGAAAACUGGCCAAUGAGAAUCUUUCAUACACAAUGUUGUCACAUGAUACUACGAUAGUUUUGAGAGUCACGCAUUCAACUCUUAUUCACUCUGCAAUCAGCUGAUUGAUUUAUUUCGUGAUCUUGUUUCUGUUGUUUUAAAAUACAAAAUCAAUGCUCGACAAAAAACUUACCUUGGCUUCUCUGCUCUGUAAACCAUUCCAGCAUUCUUUGAUCGAGCUCCGGAUACUUCGGCGUAAAGCAUCCCAUCGUCUUCCGUUUCGCUGACAAUUUAAUCUCGCCGUUAAAAAGGUUCGCUUGAUCUUUCCUCCAGCGACGAACUAUGGACUCACUGAUGCCACAUUCUCUGGCGAUUUCAGAGUUAUUUUCAACAGCUUCUGCUUCGGCGACUAUUUUAAGUUUAAGCGCGAGGUUGUAUGACGUGCGACAAGCCUUGGGCAUUAUGACAACUUGACUUGAAAUAAACGAUUGCGUGCACGAGAUUGUUUGAUAGACGCUACAGAUGUCUAGGUACUGGUGAUGCCACUUAACAACACAGUUAGUUUUAAAUUCAUUUUUUGGAUCACAUUAAUUCAUCUGAGUUAUGAUUCAUUGCUUUUCAAUUGAAUAAUUAGUUACGGGUAAUAUUUAUUAAUUCGCGUGUGUUUUCUAAGACGGAAGCUUUUUGCCUAACAAAUCACCACGGCAUCUCUUGUAUACGCGCGUGUGUGUUAUCGUCUAAGCCUCAUUUAUGACAAUCAAUGUGAUUUUUUUCCGAAAAUGUUAGGUUUUCCCGUAGUUAACAAUUCAGUCUUGUAAUAAUGAAUGGGUCUCGGCUUAUAGCCGGGUGUUUUCGAUUUAUUUUUGGUUCUCGUUAUGCCGAGUCUACACGUUCAAAGUUUGGGGUCUCGGCUUAUAGCCGAGAUCGGCUUAUAGUCGAAUAAAUACGGUAGAUCAGAGGCACUGUUUUCCUCUCCUUCUUCUUUUUUUGAGAGGAGGGUCAGCAAUGUAUAAAGUACAGUACAUGUAACUUCCAAACACAAACCUACCCCUCUGAUAUAUGAUGCUGCUCCAAGCUGUAACCUGGAAGGAAGUGUUUGUUUGAAGGAGUGAAUGACGUUAAUUAAUGUUGCUGUUUAGGACUGCUCUACAGUGGAUUCACAAGUGUGCUGAUAAUGCCAGAAGAAACAAUUACUUCUACCCAAAUGGCUCAUCACAUGAGUGGGCAGACUAUUAUUACAGCAAAAUUUCAUCAGACAGGCUCUGCUUGAAUGAAUGGUAUGUUACUGUUGUGAAACCUUUGCUUCUUUGCAGUUCUUGUUCAAAAGGCAGAUUAUAAUGCCAUUCAGGGGAUAAAUCUCUACCCAGUGGAUAUUGAGUGAUUUGUUUUCCUAAUACAAAAUGUACCUAUCUGGCCCCAGUUGUUCAAAAGCUGGAUAGUGCUAUCCAUCGGGUAAAUCACUAUCGAGCAGUUAAGUAUUAUGGAAGGCAAUUGCACUAUCCACUGGAUAGAGAUUUAUCUGGCCCCGGUUGUUCAAACGUUGGAUAGCGCUAUCUACUGGAUAAAUCACUAUCCAGCAGAUAAGUAUUAGGGAAACCAAUAGCGCUAUCAAUUGGAUAGAUUUUUAUCCUGUGGAUAGCGCUAUCCAACGUUUGAACAACCGUAGCUGGUGGAUAGUGCCAUCCACCUUUUGAACAACUGGGGCCUGAUGGAAAGUGAUUUAUCUGGUGGAUAGUGCUAUCCAAUAUUUUAACAGCUGGUGCCUGUAAUGUCUUCAAUAGAAGACAAAAUGGACAUUAGGACCCACAGUUUGUUCAUCUUGAAAAAUUGUUCGUACAUUUAAAGUUAUAAUGGUGAUAAUUUCUUUUAUCCUUUUAAACCAUCCUUAAUCUUAAUCUUGUUUAGCUAACUUUUAGAUGUCUUUGGUAUUUUUUUUUCUUUUCUAACAAAAUACAUUUUAGUAAUUUGCAGUUUUCUUCAUAUUUACCUAGAAUAUGUAUGGCAUUUUACAUAAUUCAAGGAUCUGAAAUGAGGCAAAUCUAAAUCUUCAUUCCAAUUCAUGACAACCCUGUGAAUUUGAAUUUUCUUGGCCGUUAAACUUGAAUGUAAUUGAGGACAACUUUGUGUCUGAUGUACUGAUAUUGUGAUUAAUUUGUUUUCGUCCUUUUUGAAAUACUUGGUACUUUAGUAAUGACUCUAAAGCCUUCUGAAGUAUUUUAUAUUGUUGUGGGAUAUUUUCCCUGUGAUCUUACUAUAACUCUAAUUCAGUCUAUAGAUACUAUAUUACUAACUUGCUUCUUCCUAUAUUACAGUUGUUGCUUGAAAUUAAUUACACACUAAUGAAUUACACCAUCAGUUUUCAAGUAGAACCAAAAAAAUAAUAAAUUGGUAACCAAAGCCUCUUUUUAUAGGCAUCAAAUGGAAGACAUUGAGUCAAAGCACCCUGAUUCCCCCAUUGGAACAAGGUAAAAAGAAACAUUUGCUGAAAAUGUUCCGACUCAAUCUGUUCACACCCCACCCACCAUCAGGAAUGUGCAACAUUUCUUUUCUUGAACUGUUAAAGCCAUUUGACCUUCUCUGGUUGGACUUGUGCAAGUGCAUUGUCAAAAACGUUCUGCUUAUUGAUGUUUGAUCUAGUGUGGUACAAAGAGUAGCAAAAGAAAGACUGUUGUGAUCUUCUUAUUAAAGGGAUAUUUUUAUAUGUAUUUGUUGUGUUGAAUUCUGAAAAAGCCCUUUCAAGAUGUUGAUUGCUGUUGAAUGAGGAUAUCAUUGGUCUCUAUCCAGCAAGUUACAAGUUAUAAAAGAAUGACAGUGGAUUGUUUAAUAAUGAUGAGUUUGUUUUACUAAUUUAGCAAGUUGCAUUAUUGCUUAACAUUACCUAAAACGUACAUGUAUGUAGUGUAUGGGAGACAGCCAGUAUUGAUUUUAAUUUUGCAGCACUGAAAAAGAACUUGUUAUGAAGCUAAUUCGCCACAAACUUAGAGAGGUCAGUUCGAUGAUUGUUUAUGUUAAUUAUUGCAUAAUCAAGUCAUAUUAUUUCUGUCUUCAGCAUCCUUAGACAUUUUUGUCUGCGUGUAUUUUACAGGUUAUGAUGAAAGUCGACCUUGAAGAUGUUACUUCACGUCAGGUAACAAGAAAUAGUAUCUAUUUUGAUACCAUAGAAUCCUUUUCCCUUUUUGUCUUGUUAGUAUUUUAGGGUCAAGACAAUGGUUUUUUUUUCUAUUUCUCCCUUGUCCUUUCCAUACCAUUCUCGACCUUUUAAUCUCCUUCUCCAUAUUUUUCCUUUUUUCUCUCUCAUCUAACCCCGCCUCAUUCCUCCUUUUCUAUUCCACCUCCUCCAAUAUCACCCUCCUAAUAUCCCAGUUCUUUCUCUCCAUCCUAUUCAUUUUUUCCCAUUCUAUUCUCUUCCCUUCUCACUCUCCUUCCUCUCCAAUCCUCUUUUCCUUUACCUUUUUCUCAUCUGUUUACCACUCCAUUACACACCCCUUCCCAUCUUUCUUGCUCUCCAUACUUCUUGCUUCUUGUCCAAAUCCCUCAUCAUACUACUCACUUCUAAUCCUCUCCUUAUCAUUUACUGUCUUUAUCAUCUAUGUUUCAUCUGUCUUUAUCUAUCUCUAUCUUUAUCAUCUAUUGUCCUCCUCUAAUCUCCUAGAUGGCAGCAUGGAUUGGACUGCACAACCUUUAGCUUUUAACAGUGGCCAAAGGAAAAUAAUAAUAAUAAUUAUUAUUAUUAUUAUUAUUACAAUAAGACAGAACGAAUUUUUUUGUAAAAUAGAGAGAAGUAAGUAGUACUAUGCGAAAGUUCCAGCAAAGAGGUUUCAUGUGAACGGUAACACCAUAGGAUUUCCUCCACAGAUUUAAAAGUUGCAGUGACAAGAAUCCCACUAUAAAGUGGUCUAGGGAUGAAAAGGUCAACAUUGAAUUUCUUUUUUUCUCUUCCUGUAAGGUGCGAACCAUGCUUGAAGAGGAUACACAAAUGGACUUGAGAGAAUACCGUUCAUUUAUUGACGAGGAAAUGUUUACUAUACUGGGCCAGAUGGACUCUGCAUCUAAGAUUUUUGAUCAUCUUUACCUAGUAAGUUCAUAUAAGCUGGUUUGAUUUCUGGUAUACAGAUACAUGUAUCAUUAACACAUCCAAGAAAAAACAUCUAAUCCAAAAAUUAAUUAACAUUAUUAUUGAUACCAAUCUAUGAAGGCCCAUGUUAGCGUGUUUGUUUGUUGCAGGGUUCAGAAUGGAAUGCAUCCAACUUAGAAGAACUGAAGGAGAAUGGGUAACUUCUUAAAUUUUUUGCUAGACUGUUUAAGUUCUCUUAGGGGUGCUUGACUAAUCUUGUCUGUAUGUGAUUUUUUUUUCUGUUUUGAUUGUGUCUGAAUAAUUUGUUCUUUAAGUGAUAUAUCUGAACAGUUCUGGCUUCAUUUAGGUCACAGUUUUAAGGAGGGUACUUAUAAAAAUUAUCAGCCAUGGCAACGAGAAUAGCACUUAAUUUGAAUAGUCCAGUUUCUAGAUCUGCUUGCCAUAACCGCUGAAUAAAAGCACUGAAGACGCAUUUUUACAUUGUUACCCUCCAUCUGAAAUGAAUAUAUUCGGGUUUUUAAGAUGCCAGGGGCCCGUUUCUCGAAAGUCCCGGUAACUAUACGGGCCCGAAAUCAAAUAUUCAAAUCGAAAUAUAAAGAAUAGGAGCGCUGGUCCUAGCUAGCAAACUACUCCACUUUGUUUCAUUAACUGACAGUUUUAUCAUGUUAGAUGCAAAACUCUUGAAACCUCGAUCUUUAAUGUAAACGGAGACAGCUUACCGGGCCCGUUUAUUAUCGGGACUUUCGAAAAACGGGCCCCAGGACGGUGACGACAGCGAGGACGUCAAAAAAGCGAUAGGCUGAAUAAGCAAAACAACUACGCUGCACGUGCAUCACCGUCGCUUUUUUGUACAUUUCUUUGCUGUCACUGCACGACUACGACGGGAAAAUGCCAAAUUUCACGUUUUAUGAGGGACAUAAUUAGGAAUUCGGCUCAAAUAGAGUUGGCUUACAUUUGACAAAGUAAACGAGUUUGAGUAAUCGCGUGAUAGGUUUAAAGAACGCAAAUUCGCUUUUUAAGCGACGUUUUCUUGGGCGUCGCCGUCGGGGUAUCUUAAACUCCCUAUUCACAACAGCGAUAAGACGACCAGUUUACAACUCUGUCUAUUGUUUAUUUUUGUGAAUUUGAGGUAUCUUUCUCCCGCUAUUUUUGAACAUUUUACUUCAGUUAGAACUGACAGAACAUUUUACUUCAGUUAGGUUAAGGCUAUUCAGUUGUGCCCAUAAUGUAUGUAAACUUGUUGUGUCUUGUUUUUUGUUAUUCUGUAGGGUUGGAUAUAUUUUGAACAUAACGAGAGAGAUUGAUAACUUUUUUCCUGGAACAUUCCAUUACCACAACAUCAGGUUUGUUCAUGUACAUUUUGUUUUGCAAAUGUACCCUGACCGUGACGUCGCAUCCUAAUUCAGAAGACUCAAACAUUCAUUCAUUCAUUCAUUCAUUCAUUCAUUCAUUCAUUCAUUCAUUCAUUCAUUCAUUCAUUCAUUCAUUCAUUCAUUCAUUCAUUCAUUCAUUCAUUCAUUCAUUCAUUCAUUCAUUCAUUCAUUCAUUCAUUCAUUCAUUCAUUCAUUCAUUCAUUCAUUCAUUCAUUCAUUCAUUCAUUCAUUCAUUCAUUCAUUCAUUCGUUCGUUCACUUUAAUUUAAGAUUUUGUCAACCACUUUUCAAAUUCUCUCAGCAACCAAGCACUUUUUUCUGUAACAUCUGUGCUUAAGUUAAGUUAUCGUUUCUUCUCACAGGGUUUAUGAUUUAGAUGAAACGGAAUUACUACGCCAUUGGGACAACACUUAUAAAUUUAUACAGAAAGCCAAGUAAGCAUUCAAGUCGUUCAAUAGCUCGUUAAAAAGGCUACCAAGCUUGUCAUGUGUACUGUCAGCUUUUAGUACUGAUCAAUGUCAUUUAACUUCACUCCGCUUUAGCAAAAGACCAGACGUUUUCUAAGUAUUCUGAGUAGCUGAAGGACUUACAUUGUAAGCACUUAAAUGCCCUGCCCUAGCGGAUGCUUUUUCGAAUGCGUUCUAGUUCUUUGGCUGCAGAGAGGAGAAGUCGUUACGUCGCAUUGCUAUGGUAGCAAAAUUUUGGAUGACAACAAACCGAUAAAGUCACUAAAGUCUGUUCACAUCAUUUCAAAUUUCACCGAUCUUAUUCAAUUUCAUUUACUUUGGCAAAUUUUGGCGCAAUUUUCUCUGGGACCGUAUCUAUUGUUAUCUAAGUUUAGGAAAAUAAAGCGACAAUUUUUGUGUUGUGUUCACCUACUCCUUAACGCGGGCUCGUGAAAUUAGGAAGUUUCAUGUCGUAGUGGUACAACGACAGCAAAGAAAUGUACAAAAUGGCGUGAUCGCACGUGCAAAGUUGUUGUUUGUUAAUGUAGACAUAUUAUUUUUUGCCGUUUUCCUUGCCGUCGCUGGUUUUGUUGUCAUCCAGAAAUAGUGCUACCAUGGUGACGUGACAUCACACUUCUCUCUAUUCCCGGAUGUGUUUUUAAGCUUGCGUAAAUACCUUCGGUUGCAUCUAAGCGUGGUCACGUGAGGAAAAAACAUGGGACCAAUUUAGGUGUCUGGGAAACUGCUUACCUACCCCUCCCCUAAGUCAACACUAACACUUAGUUCUCACCUAGGGCAAAAUGUUGGGUUAGGGGAGGAGUAGGUGAUCCAAAACAUGUUCUAAUUGGGUGCAAACAUGACAUGUUUUGCCGCCAAACAUUCGAAGUUUGGAGUUAGCGGCUGUUGUCGACUUGAUUUGUUUUCGCUCAACAAAAUAUUCUUUGCAAGAAUUUUUAGACGUUAAGAAUAAUUUCUGGAGGUAAGUGUGCUGUUUCUGGGCGAGAAAUAUGCCUGAACUUUGAGAAAAAUGAAAGAUGAGCAAAACGCUCUGAUCAAAAACAUAUAAACAGCUUACCUUUGGCGUGACAGUUUGCUUUGUCAUGUCUGACACCCUGUUAGAACAUGUUUUUCUGUCUCGUGUCCACGGUUAGAUGCAACCGACGGUAUUUAUGUUACGUCCAUGCUGAGACGAUAGACCUCCGUUUUCAAAAUACUACAACUACUCAUGAAAGCGUUCAUGAAAUCCCAGGUUUGGAUCGUUAAAGUUUGGAAGCAAGGUCAUAGAUGCAAAUAUGUAUUCGCUUUCAAGAGUAUGAACGCAUUAGCGUUGGCGGUAUCUAAAGGGUGAUUGCUGUUUAUCCAACUAAAAUCAAAGUAAAUACUCCAGCCAAACACAGCUGACGCAUGCAAUCCAUCGAACUAAUCAAAAGUCAAAGACGUGUGAAACCGGCGCAAAGCGCGGGAAAACAAGGUAAAACACGUGUGAGCAUCUUACUUCUGAUUGGUUAAAAACAUACCACAGGCUAUUCUUUCGAUAUGUUAAAAUUCAGGGUGAUAGUGAGUCUUGGAGGACACAAGCAAAUUCCUUCCAGGAAUCGCUAUCAAGGUGAAUUUAAUAUAUCGAAAGUGGCAUGAACGAUUCACAAAACACAGUAAUGCAAAACUAGAGCAGUUGCAAACAACUGUUUGUUCUUAGCGGAGACGUUAUUAAAAAGGUUUGUCCACGAACCACUGACAGACAUGCUUUAUGUUUGUUUUCAGAAAUGCCGGCUCAAAAGUUCUCGUACAUUGUAGGAUGGGUAUUAGCCGUUCAGCUUCAACGGUAAUUUUACUCGCUAGCUGUAAUGAUUUCUUUUCCUCUCUGUUGUAACUUUUUUAUUUGUGCUGGCAUAGCUGUCUAUUUCAUAAAUGCUGGGAUCUUUUGUCAUUUCGGUUGUAGCAACAGAAUGGCUGAUUAUUUUGAGUUUCAGGCGAGCCAAAGUAUGGGCAGGCUGACCUGUUUGGUCUAUGACCUUAUACAAAGGACUGGUACCGAGGGAAGCAGAGAGUCCUUAUGUUUUAUGACGUCAUACAUUUUGUAUUGUUGUCCUUUCAGGGAAAUAGUUUUAUUGUUGGACGUCAUGUGAUCUUAAGCUAGCCAAUGAGAGUGCGCACUGGUUGGGAAAAAAUCCAUCUUCACAAGUUGUUUUUUUUACGCCCGUAAUUUGGUCCUGAGAAAGUGUUAAUUCCGUUAAUAAUAUAUUGCAUUUGUCAAGUACUGAUGGUACGAGAACUUGUAACACUUUCCAGUCCGGCCCACAAGUAGACAAAGUCAAAUGUCGACAAAAAUUCCAAAGUUCGUGUUGUAACAUGCUGAAAAAGAGAUACCUAGUUCGUGCGAAAGUACUACCAAAUGGGCAACAAGACUCCACCCUUUACUUAACAUCAAAGGACGGACUACAGUACACAACCUUUGCUGACUCCUUUUUUGUCUGUAUUGGCUUGUUAGGUGAUUGCUUAUGGUAUGAAAGAGUAUGGAUGGUCUUUAGGUGACUCAAUGAAGUACGUGAAGGCUCGAAGAAACGUUGUCCAACCAAAUGCGGGGUUUUGGAAACAGUUGAUUACAUACGAAGGGAUUUUAAACUCGAGGUAUAUAUUGCACACGUGUAUGUAUAGGGUAUUGCAUGGCAGUGUGGGUGUAUGGAUUUUACCUUCCAGGGUUUUAGGUCAAUAGCAUUUGUAGUAGUCAUGUUAACGGUAUUUGUAUUUCCACGGUGAAAAUAUCACUUUUAAUUAUCAGAAAAACUGGUAACUAAUUCAGGGAUGAUUAUACAACUCACCGGCUAUCGCAUAAUUGUUAUGUAUGAUGAAAUUAUAUUUGAACGCGACAGGUAAAAUUUGGUUGAUUAAGAAAGCCUUCAAUGAGGUGAGAGCAACUUAAUCAGCUGCGAAUAGAGAAGGCCCAAACGAUCCUUUCAAGCCUUAAUUUCUUUUCUCGGGCUUCUUCAUUAGCAUUUUUGACUUGCUCACAUUUACCUCACAGGAAGUCAGGGGCAGUCAGUCAUGAAAAUGUAUUAUUUUAUAUUCUAAGAGUGGUAUCUCGUCUUUACUUUGCAGCAAACAGCGCUACAACAAAUUGUUUACAAAUGAGGCGGAUCCUGAGGCAGGGCCUGUCAGGAAGACAAAAGCCAACAUAGCCGUCAAAAAGGACACUCAGCCUCAGUGUGAAGGCUUGGAUACUGUGGAUAAUUUACCUAGAGAAACUGUUUCAGAUCAGAAAGACGAAGAAACCUCGGAGGUGGAAAUCAAAGAUCCAGCAAUACUUCGGGUUACUGCCGAAGAAAACUUGGAAGUCGGUCUUGUCACUGCUGAAGCUCACGAAGAUGUUUUUAACUACGAGGAUGACUUGCGGGAAACGAAAGUUGAUGAUUUACCGAUAAACCCAAUAUUAGAACUAAGCAAAGAAACUGUCCUAGAGGAUCAGUCAAAUUCUUGUGUCUCGGAAACUCCUACGACAGAAAAGACUGCGCUCUAUAGAGUAAGUUCAGUGCCUGUAUUGCCAAGUGAUGACAAAACGAUGCACAAAUCGAACGUUCUUAAGACUAAUUUUCAAAGGUCCAGCUCAUUGCGGGAGCGGGGGCCUAAGAGAAUACAAUACCUUCGUGAUUUCAUGGAGGGGAAAGCUGCUAGUGAUGAAAAUAUUACGGAAUGUGAUCAAAAAGAGAAGGGCUCAUUUCAAAGUCGACCUAACGACCAAGAAUGUCAAAGUGGCGCGGGAUCCAUUUCGCUGGGUGGUCUCCCUAGUGAUUUACAUGGCCUGCUUGAAAGUGGGUUUGUCAAACGCAAGUCACGGAACUUUGAGGAAGGUGUGUAUGAUGUCCUUUCUGUAGAGCUUGACGAUAUUUUGAGCCUAGGGAAAGAAAUGGAUAGAGAGUUUGAGCUUGGUGAAAAUGAAAAAUCCGCAGCCACUGAGAAAGAACCAGACAAAAGCGAGGAACCCGAGCCUGGUGUUGUUAAGAAACACAAAGAGGAAUAUGAACUGAAACAUCGGGAGAGUUUGAAACGAGGGGCUGUGCUUCAGCGAGGAGAAAGCGGUGAUGGAAGUAGCCUGAAACGCGAGCGAAGUGAUGGCAUUUUGACUAGUGAUGCUGAUGGCAUUUUGUCUGGUGAUGGAACGGAAACUGAACGCCCGUGUUCUGUUAACGUAGACGCUCUUGUACAAAAGGUCAAUGAAGACAUGAAGAAGGAAGUGUCUGCUCGAAGAGUGUCCAAGAAAGAACGGGAGUUACGAGCGCUGGUACAACUAGCUGGGGAAGAUGGAAACUCGAAUCAGGAAAACGAGAACUCAGUAGCAGACUCAGUUUGCAAUGAAACCACAGAAAUGCUUGCUGCUGCUGGCCUUUUUAAGGAAACAAAUGAGGGAAGAGCACAACUGUUGGAAGAUCCUCCUAUCUCCAUGGAAGCUGUCGGUUGCGCAGAAACGGAAUCAACGAAAAGUGACUUGACAAGUGAUAUUUCACCGGGCGCAAAUGUAGAACAAGCUGUGAGCGCUGAUGGUGAUUCCAGUCGGAAUGUGUCCGCGGAAAAUACUUGCAAACCGGCAGAGAACGGGGAGGACAAUGUAAUCGAACAAGACAAAGAGGAUAUUCCUCAGAAAGGUUUGGUAAAGCGUCACACGUUACUUAUUGAAGGAAAGCUACAGCCUUGGGAUCAAGAGACGGAGAAAGAUGUCCAAAGUGAGACUGAAAAAGCGGAGCGCGAACACACAAUGCAGCAGGAAGUGAUAUUACGAUCGCCGUCGAAAGAACAGACAUUUUCGUCGGAAGGAAUAGAACAAGGUGUUGCGGGUGAUGUGAGCACUACAUUGGUUACGGAAUCGAAGGAAACUGAAGAUAGAGCGCUUGAAGAAGAUACGCAAAGUCUUCCUGAGAAAGGACUAGUAAAGCGUCACACGCUGUUGAUUGAAGGAAGGCAUCAGGCUUUAGAGCAAGCUCUAGCUGAGGUUGAAAUUGAAUGUAAACAGGAGGGCGAAUCUAAAGACUGCAAAGACCACUGUACGAAGUCAUCAGAAGAGCAAUCGAGAGGUGUUGCCUUAAAAAGUAUGGAACCAGUUGAAGGAGACGAUGUAAAGAUUGCUGGAGACAUAAUAGAACAGGGAAAAACUGCCCCAGAAAACGUGGAUACGUACGAAUUGCUAGACGACAAGGAGGAUAUGAUGAGUGUAGAUGACGCUCCUCAGAGAGGACUCGUUAAGCGGCAAACGUUAGUGAUCGAAGGAAAGCUACAUUUGGGUCCGGAGCGAGAUGAAUUUGCAGUUGACCAAGAAUCAUUUCCAUCACCUUCGACAGUUGAAUUAAGAAGCGAUGAGCCCACAGGAAACCAAGAUUUCUGUUCCUCUACCUGUCAAGAUCAAGAACAAAGAUAUCAACCUGAACUAACAAGCUCUGUUCCAGGGGAAGUAGUUGUUGAGAAAACUGAGGAUAGUGAACCAGUGUCUGGCUUGGUGAGACGUGAAAAAGAGCGCAUCGAGAAAAGAGUUAAACCUUUAACGGUUGAAGAGACGAAUGCUAAACGUGAAGAAGACAACGAGGAAGUUUGCAACGAUGGAACAUUGCUUGAGGUUAGUGAGGGAGGCGAAGAAGGUCGUGGAGAUGCUGAAAAGAAUGAAGACGUGGAAGACGUGGAAGACGAUCGAGUUGAAGAGAAAGAACUAAGUGACGUCGGCGUCGACACGUCAAGCGUGGUGCGUGUUAGAGACCAGACGCAACACUUGGAAGGUAUUAUUAGGGUUACAACCACGUCGAAGGACGGAGAGAAAGUUAAACGCCAACGGUCAAAAGAAGACUUUCCUACGACGGGGAACGAGUCUCCUAAAAUUAUCAUUGUUCCACGUUCGUGUUCAGACGAAAGUGUCCAUGAAGAAAACCAGCUGAACAUGUCGUGCAACAUGAAAAUGGAAGAGAUUCUGAGUGACAGUGCAGUAAACCUAGCUCUUAUGAAUGCCCAGGAAAAGUUAGAGUUGGCAAACGAAAGAUUCAUUGACUGGGAUGGUGCAAACGUGAAGCAGAGGACGAGAAUUUUUGAAACAAUCAUGCAUAUUAGUAAGCAAAGCAAAGAAGACGAGGAAGACAAUGGAAAUCAAAUUCGGCGAUGCGGGUCAAUGCCGAAGGCAAUCGGUAAAGCCGAAAAAUACGUUAUACGUCGUCGGUCGUUUUCGGAUUUAUCCGAGACUGUUUCUUCCUCUUCCGGUCGAGAAGUCGGUUACACAAUCAAAUUCAGCAAUGGGCAAUCGUCGAGUUCUUCAUCUCUGCCACGAGAAUGGAGUCCGCUUCAGAGAAGGCUAGAAAAAGAGAGGCUUAACACAAACGAGGUUUUUUCACCUCAAAAUUGCGGUGAAAGUGAAUCAGAAGAAAAGAUGUAUACAGAACUUAUCGAUUGCCAAGAUCAAAAAAAUGAUUCUCCGAGUGUAAAGGAGAAAGUUCAAGUUCUGGAUUCCAAGAAUCACCGUAAUAUUAGUAAUGUUAGUUAG